AUGGAAAAUGAAGUUGAAGUGUACUUCAUCAAAGAUAAAAAGAAGUCUCCAUGGAAAGAUGUUAAACAUAAAAGAGUUGAUGAUGGUGAAAAGAUUAUGUUUACUCAAAAAAAAGAUUCUAUCACAUGUAGUUGCAUGCUUUACAUUCAACAAGGAUUCUUAUGUCGCCAUAUUUUUUAUGUUUUUAAUAUCAAGGAGAUUGAUAUAACACCAUCAAAGUACAUAUUGAGGCGUUGGCGAAAAGAUAUCAUUCCUCCUGAACUCUUUAGACAGACAUUUUCAAAUUCUAGAAAAGGAAGUAAAAUGAUUCAAUAUGCUUUUGUUACUUUUGGUUCAACUGUUAACAAAUUAGCAAAAAAGGAGGAAGUGAUGAGCAAUUUUCUGAGUAAUCUUCAAGAAUAUUUGAGUGAAGUUAAUAAAUGUGGUCCAUCAAUGCCAUUAUGUAGUAAAGAUGCACGUAUAGAAUCUUUACAUGGAUCUUCAGUACCUAAGACUAUUAAUGUUAAAAAUCCAGAAGGUAUUACAAACAAGGGUACUGGGAUAAAAUUCAUCGGCAAUAAAGAAAAGUCAAUUGAGGUGUCAAAGAAGCGAUUAAGGGAAUGUGCUUUAUGUCAUAAGUUGUACCAUGAUGCUAGAACCUAUCCUUUAAGGAAAAAAAUAGGAAAUGUUUUCUCUUAA